AUGAAGGGAACAGUUGCUGCCGCCGCCGUCGCGGUCCUGGCCUCCGGUGCCCAGGCCGCCUACCCUCACCACCGUCGCGCUCACGAUCUGUUCAAGCGAGGCGAGGAGAGCUGUGUCCCCGGUUGCACCACCAUCUGGACUACCAUCUACGGCGAGCCCACUCUUGUGCCCAACCCUCCCCCCAAGACUUCUUCCGUUGUCACCAGCAGCGCCGCGCCAGUUCCCACCACCUCCAAGGUUGAGGUUCCCACCAAGCCUGCAGUGACCUCCUCCAAGGCCACCACCUCCGAGGCGGCCCCUACCUCCACCGAGGUCGUUGUCGUUGUCCCUCUCCCCACCCCUGAGGUCCACGAUUGUCCUACCCCCGGCACUUACACCUUCCCCGCGACCACCGUCACUGUGACCGAGUCGACCACCGUUUGCGGCGCCCAGACCACCAAGGUUCCCGCUGGAACUCACACCCUUGGCGGUGUCACCACCAUCGUCGAGACUGCCACCACCGUCACCUGCCCCUACGCCAAGGAGACCGAGGUCAACGGCGUUGUUACCAGCGUGAUCGACACCACCGUGUAUGUCUGCCCCAGUGCCGGCACCUACACCAUCGCUCCCAUCACCAAGUCCUGCGAUGUCGAGACCGUCCUGGUCUACCCCGUCCCCACCAGCUACGCCCCUGGUACCUACACUGCUCCUGAGCAGGUUGUCACUGUCACCGAGACCGGUUACGUCUACGUCUGCCCCUACUCCAGCGAGGGCCUCGUUUCCACCACCUCGGUUCCCGUCAAGGUGGCUGCCCCUACCACCACUGCCGUUGUCUACAAGGCCCCUUCCAGCGCCGUCUACGAGGCUCCCUCCAGCGUCGCCUACAAGGCUCCCUCCAGCGUUGCUUACUCGGCUCCUUCCAGCGUCGCUUACUCGGCUCCCAAGUCUAGCGUCACCUCCAGCAAGUCUACCUCCAAGUCAAGCUCCAAGAGCUACAGCAGCGGCAACCUGAAGGGCAGCAACGACCACUAUGGUAUCACCUACACUCCCUACGACUCCUCCACCGGCGAGUGCAAGUCCGCCUCCGAGGUCAAGUCCGAUAUCAAGAUUCUCAAGGAUAAGGGCUUUAGCAUUGUCCGAUCCUACUCCACUGAUUGCGACACCCUCACCUCCGUCGGUCCCGCUUGCAAGGAUACCGGCAUGGACAUGAUCAUUGGUGUCUUCGUCAAGGAGACUGGCUGCAGCUACAACACCCCCGACAUCAAGAAGCAGGUUGAUGCUAUCGCUGCCUGGGCUCAGUGGGAUCUCGUCAAGCUCUUCGUUGUCGGAAACGAGGCUAUCAUGAACGGAUACUGCUCUGCUACUGAGCUCGCUGAGCUCAUCACCGUUGUCAAGUCCAAGUGCUCCAGCUACACUGGUCCCUAUACCAUCGCCGAGACCCUUAACAUCUGGCAGCAGACUGGUGUCGCUGACACCAUCUGCCCCGUUGUCGACGUUACUGGUGCCAACAUCCACCCCUACUUCAACGCUGCCACUGAGGCUUCUGCCGCUGGUGAGUUCGUUAGCGGUCAGCUCGAGCUCCUCCACGACAUCUGCUCCGGCAACGAGGUUAUCAACCUGGAGUGCGGUUGGCCUACUCAGGGUGAGUGCAACGGUGUCGCCUGCCCCGGUGAGGAGCAGCAGGCUGCCGCUAUUGCCUCUAUCCGUGAGAACUGCGGUGAUAAGACCGUCUUCUUCUCUUACGAGAACGACAUGUGGAAGGAGGCUGGCUCCUGCGGCUGUGAGCAGAGCUGGGGCUGCAAGAACAACUUCUAA